AUGGACCAGGUCUCUGCCAGCACGGACCAGGUCUCUGCCAGCACGGACCAGGUCUUUGCCAACACGUACCUGGUCUUUGCCAACACGGACCAGAUCUCUGCCAGCACGGACAAGGUCUCGGCCAACACGGAUCAGAUCUCUGCCAAUACGGACCAGGUCUCUGCCAGCACGGACCCGGUCUCUGCCAGCACGGACCAGAUCUCUGCCAACACGGACCAGGUCUCUGCCAGCAAGGACCAAAUCUCUGCCAACACGGACCAGAUCUCAACCAACACGGACCAGAUCUCGACCAACACGGACCAGAUCUCGACCAACACGGACCAGAUCUCAACCAACACGGACCAGAUCUCGACCAACACGGACCAGAUCUCUGCCAACACGGACCAGGUCUCGACCAACACGGACCAGGUCUCGACCAACACGGACCAGAUCUCUACCAACACGGACCAGAUCUCCACCAACACGGACCAGGUCUCGACCAACACGGACCAGAUCUCUGCCAACACGGACCAGAUUUUCGUGGUAUCUCUGACGUGCCUUUGUUUAUUGCUCAAAGCGAGGAAAUUGAAGGAAAUUAAUUCUGCCAGCGCUAAUGAUGUUAUUGUCACACUUCUGCUGCUGUUACCACUGCAGCUGCUGCUGUUACCACUGCAGCAGCUGCUAUUACUGCAGCUGCUGUUACACUGCAGUUGCUGUUGUUACACUGCAGCAGCUGCUGUUUCCACUGCAGCAGCUGCUAUUACCAAUGCAGCAGCUGCUGUUAACAAUACAGCAGCUGCUGUUACCACUGCAGCAGCUGCUAUUACCAAUGCAGCAGCUGCUAUUACCAAUGCAGCAGCUGCUGUUAACAAUACAGCAGCUGCUGUUACCACUGCAGCAGCUGCUAUUACCAAUGCAGCAGCUGCUAUUACCACUGCAGCAGCUGCUAUUACCAAUGCAGCAGCUGCUGUUAACAAUACAGCAGCUGCUGUUACCACUGCAGCAGCUGCUAUUACCACUGCAGCAGCUGCUAUUACCAAUACAGCAGCUGCUAUUACCAAUACAGCAGCUGCUGUUACCACUGCAGCAGCUGCUCUUACCACUGCACCAGCUGCUGUUACCACUGCACCAGCUGUUAUGACUGCUACGCUAUAA